AUGGGUUCAGCGGAAGAUGAAAAUUCAUUCAGGCUCUCAGCGUUGAAAGGUCUCAUUGAACUUUCUAUUCUACCAAAUUUCCUGGAGGAUAACGAAAUCGGUCUUUUUGUGCAAUACUUCGAUGAUAUCCUUCUCCAGGAACGAAUUGUUGCGCAUGGAGAAUUGCGCAAGGAAACCAUCAAUGCUCUAGCAAAGAUUUCAAAAAAUAAACCACAGCUUAUCAUUGAUAUUACUUUCCCAGCACUAUUAGCGACUCUACCUGACAUGGAAAAUGGAGAUGACGAGUCCUAUCUAUACUCGCUUGAUAGUCUGGCACGGAUAAGCAUUGAAAAGGAGGUUUUCAACAUCCUUGUCAGGAGAUUGCUCAGUAAGCUGGAUGUUGUGACCAGCUCCAAUGGCUCUUCAACCUACACCGCCGCUAUAUUAACGACGAUUCUCCACGCAAUGGAGCAUCGUGAAGACCUAGAAAACGACCCGAACUUGAACUUCUACUACGAGAAGAUUGUCCAAUCUCUAUGCGGACGCACUGCUAAAGCGUCUACAACGGGGGGAACGGCCCUUAACCACCCGCGUGUACUAGAUACCCUAGGACGACUUUGUAACCUUAUCAUUCGCCACUUACCACGAGCCACGCAGGAUGAGGUAUGCAAAAACAUAUAUGCUCUAUUUACAACCGGAGAAGGGUUUACACCAGCUCUAUUUUCAGAGCAGCCCACAACCCUCCAGCAAAAGCAGAUGAUUAUUAUAUCAACCUAUAUCCUUGCUGCAUUGCCGAAGGAUAUAUCGCCACUGCCAUAUACCAAUACUGGAAUCGAACCUCUUUUGCAGCAAAGCGUAAAAGCUUCAGUAUCAGAGGAAUCUGAUCCCUCCAUUCAGCUUGCAUUAGGCCGCCAUGUUGCUCUCUUAGCCAACAAAUUCCUUUCCAAGGAGGAAAUUCAGUGCGCUUCAGAUGUUUUAUUUUCACUAAUACCGUCGUCGUCACCUACGCCCCUAUCGCAACAGACUAUUCGAACCAUAUUCUGGCUAUCAAAAGCUCUAAUACUCCGCCUAGCGCCUUCAACGACACAGAUACUAACCUCUUUAUUGGACUUAUUGGAUUACCCAGACACAAAGACCAGCGCCCUUUGCGCUAGGGGAUUUAGCAUUCUCCUUGCCGAAGACAGUAUCCUUAACGUUAAAAAUGGAGCCAUCGUUCGUCUUCUAGCUAAACAAAAGGUAUUCACAACCGUUACACCUUUGAUAUCUGCCCGGGUCCACGAUGCCAAUAGAUCCGCUACUACGCACGACGAAUCAUCACUGAGGAAACCCCAUUCUAAAGAAUCAUAUCUUACUGCCCUGUCCGGCCUCUUGUCCACUAUACCCUCAUCUUUAGUAAUGACCAAGUUACCGACACUCUUACCUCUUUUACUUCAAUCCCUCGACCUACAUUCUGCCGCUCAUACCUCAUCUCCCGAGUCAUCACCCACAACCAGCGGUAAUAUCAAAUCCGUCACUCUCAAAACACUGGCCAUUGUCAUUCACGAAAACGGGGUCCAGGUGAUAAACGAAAUUGGCUAUGUGGAAGAUCUUGUCACCCGCCUUUUGAGGACGGCAAAAGUACACAGCAAAACUGGAGCCGAUGUAAAUGUGCAAACCCCAGAUUCGUCAACAUCAAAAGAGGCUGGCGUUACCAAUGCCGGUAAUCCAGCGAAAGUUCGAGCUCAAGCUCUUCAAUGUCUAAAUCUACUUGCGAAUAACCCUGUUAGACAAGGUGCGGAAGGGGAGAAUAAGAAGACUCUGUCUACAGUGUCUCCUCUACUACGUCUGAAAAAGACUGUUCUCAGGGACUUGCUGUGUGUACUUGAUGAUCCUAAGCGGGAUGUUCGUAAGGCAGCCGUGGAUGCAAGAGCAGCAUGGCUAAGAAAUGUUGAAGAUGAAACAAAUGAUGGCGACGAUUAG